AUGGCUGUUGCUGCUUAUGCAUCCUUGGUUUCUCUCACUCACGUCCUCGACAAUCUCCACUAUCGUUCCCAUUUAAUAUCCCUCGUGCUGACAUCAACCAAGUUGAAGCUCUCCAGAAAAAUGAAGAUCCCUGAGCUUCGAGGUUUGUGGAGGAAAAUGGCCGAGGCUGCAACUGAAGCAGAAGGUGCGAUCAACUUCCAUGUAUCCAAUCUACUCUAUGCCAAAUAUUCUCAAGGAGAAACAAGUGAUACUUCAAGCUUCUCAGCUUUCUGUGAUGAAAUGGAGACACUGAUCCAAAAGUUUUGUUCCAUUGAAGAAGAGUUUCCGGUGAUUGAAGAAGACGGCAGGGAGGAUGCUCCAGCUCAAAAGCAAUCCAAUUAUGCUUCUGUUGCUGCUGGUGGUUCGUCUGCAGCUACUUCAUAUGUCAGCAAUGUUGUGGUUGGACUGGAUGAGCAUGUGAACACGAUCAGGGACAAGCUCAUCAGAGGUAGAUCUAAGCUCGAAAUCCUCCCAAUUGUCGGCAUGGGAGGAAUUGGUAAGACCACUCUCGCUAAAAGUCUCUAUGAUGAUUCAUUUGUUGUCGACCACUUUGAUAUGCGCAUCUGGCUUACUAUAUCUCAAGAAUAUAGCGCUGAACAAAUCCUUAAAGUUGGUCUUGAAAGAAAGGCAAGAGAAAACGAAAGUUUAGAUGAGGUGGGAACUAGAUUCUACCAAAAAUUAUUCGGUAGAAGGUAUUUGAUUGUUAUGGACGACAUGUGGUCAACUGGAGCUUGGGAUGAGUUACGGAGGUAUUUUCCAGACAAUGAGGACGGAAGCCGUAUUUUGUUGACGACUAGACUCUCAAACAUGGCUGCUUCUUUGGGUUCUCAUGAUCCUUAUCGAUUAACAUUUUUAGAUGAGAAUGAAAAGAAGCUUGCAAAGAAAAUUGCAAAAUGUUGCAGAGGGCUUCCUUUAGAAAUUGUUGUCGUGGGCCGGUUGCUUACCAAUUCUCACAUAACGGUGAAAUGUUUGGAGAAUGUUGCAAAUCAUAUUAGCUCACUCGCUAAUUUGGAAGAUAAAGAGCACUCGUCUGCCAAUGAAUGUUUUCUCCAAUUUCCUAGAAGGCAAGAGGUUAUUCGAAGGUUCAAAGACACUCUGCAGUGUGAUCUUUGUCUAGAAAGUCUCGAGGAAAAAGAAGCAGUGCAUAUAGUGCAACCAUGUCAUAUAUUUGGAUUAUCGUCACAAGUUAAUCCUCUUGUAUGCGAUGCUUGUACUAUGGUGUAUUCCCAUAUUAAAAAACAUAAUUUGGUGGAGAUUGUGAAUUACGAUGGUGGUUUUGACUUGAAACAUUUUCCGCCAAUAGAAUUGCGUCGUAUUUAUAUAGGGCUGGCGGGAUCAUUGUCUUUUUCAACAUUAAAGUUACUUUGGAAUCUUCAAACUUUCAUCAUUUCGUUGUCAUCAAUUAAGGAUUUGCCUCCAGAGAUAUGGGAGAUGCCACAACUAAGAGAGAUUCGAUGUAAAUACGAAUACGACCUUCAUCUCCCAGAUCCUAUAGCCAGUGAUAUUGAGGGGGAAGAUUUUAUUAUCCUCAAGGACCUUCACACCUUAGAUGGAAUCCGUAAUUUCAAUUGUUCCAAACAAGUCAUUGAUCGGAUUCCAUAUUUGAAGAAAUUGAGCGUUGAAUACUAUGAUGGAUCUGAGCUACAGCUAAACUAUUCUCUAUGUAAUCUUGAGCAGCUACAUAAACUUGAAUCUCUAUCUAUAUCAGGUUGCUUGGAGAUGAUGACCUUCCCUUAUUCCCUCAAACAUUUGUCUUUGAAGAAUUGCAGAAUGGCAUGGGAAGAUAUGUCAAUUGUUGGUUUGCUACCGAGUCUUGAAACACUUGAGAUAUCUGAUGGUGGCGUGCAUGGGUCAGAGUGGGAGCCUGUUCAAGGGGGAUUCCGUCGCCUCAAAGUAUUGGAGAUUCGCAGUAAUGAUUUAGUGUGUUGGAGAACUGAAUCAAUGCACUUCCCUAUUCUUGAGAGGCUUCAACUUAAUAGAUUAAGUUUGUUGGAGGAGAUCCCUUCGGGAAUUGGAGAUAUACUAACAUUGAAAUCAAUUGGUGUGGUGGAUUGCAGUGAGUCUGUCGUUGAUUCGGCAAAGGAAAUAUGGGAGGAGCAACACGAGUUCGGAAAUGAGAUUAGAAUUCAUGUUACUGAUAGAGAACAUGAGGUCGAAUAUCAAAUUGGUACUUUCACGGCAAGAAUGACAAGGGCUGAUUGUCAUUCCUUGGCUUAUUCAAAACGUCUUCCGGAAAAACUCGCCAAGGUUGCUCAACAUGGCCGCCACUCUUUAAACGGAAAACAAAUGGAAGUUGUGGAGGAAGCCAUCCAUUUUUCCAAGGACUUCCUUAAAGUUUUUCACCCAAGAAAAAGCCAAGAAAUGGAAAGUUUGCUAAGGGAAAUGGUCCAGGCUACCUGUAAAGCGAAUACUGUGAUCCGCAGGCUACGCUCGGAAACUUUGAUGCCUAUACUUGGUAAGUGCGUCCGUGAAGAUGUGGAAAGGCUGUUGGAAAAGAUAGACUUCAUAAGAAAGGCGUCAUCAGUUGCUGAAGAGGAAGGGCAAGAAAACGAACAAAUUAAUGAUGAUAAUGAUGCCACAUCCUAUGACAUCAACUCACUGCAAAUUCUGUCGGAAGGAAGACUUCCUGUAUCUUACGGGGAUGAAGAUCUGAGAGAAUAUCAAAUUGGGUUCUGUCACGACAACGAUGACGGAGGGUGCUAG